CAUCCAUUCACAUGCCCGUUGGCAUUUGAUGAUCUCAUGCCGAUGCUGCAAGAUAUGUUGAGCCAAAGGUCUAGCUUUGCUGUGCUGCUUGCAGCCCCGGCAAUUGCGCUGGUAGUUCAAUCCUUGCCAUCAAGCCUGCGGUUUCCCUUGGCAGUGAACGUUGGCCUUUCAGCCGUGGGAUAUGUGGCCACCUCUUCCAUUGUGACAGCACUUGGGCCAACCUUUAUAAAAGCAAAUUUGCGUGGAAUCGAUCUCAAUAAGAGGACCACCAAGCGCGACGCGGAUGGCAACCUCUUACGGCCCAUAGAGGGGAUUGCCAUCCCAGAGUCUCAAGGAACAGUAUGUGCUGCGGUGUACAUCCUUGUUUUGUCCGUCUUCAUCCCAUUUGCGUUUGCUUCCUACGACUUGGAGCGCUUUCCGCAUGCUGACAUGUCGGAGUAUUUGGCAGCUGUGCUGACCAUAACAUUUGCCUCUUUCAUGGGAUUUGCGGAUGAUGUGCUAGACCUGCGAUGGCGGUACAAGAUCCCGCUUCCUUUCUUGGCCACACUGCCGUUGCUGUCCGUGUACUAUGCCAAUGGCAAUGCGACUGGAGUGAUGGUUCCAAAUCAGCUUCGCUGGCUAUUUGGUGAGGUAGUUGAUUUAGGCUUGGGCUUCUACGUCUUUCUCUUGUGUCUGUCAGUUUUCUCCACGCAUGCCAUCAACAUUUAUGCAGGAGUCAAUGGCUUAGAAGUUGGCCAGUCCGUGGUCAUCGCUUCGUCAGUUCUAGCUCUGAACAUCCUUCAACUUCAUCGGAUUCCCGAGCAGUUUAAGGAGUACCGCGAGAGUCAUGUGCAGUCGAUCUUCUUGUUGAUGCCCUUCUUGGCAGUGAGCAUGUCUUUGCUCCAGCAGAACUGGUUUCCUGCAAAGGUGUUUGUGGGCGACACCUACUGCUACUUCGCAGGAAUGACCUUUGCAGUGGUCUGCAUCAUUGGCCAUUUCAGCAAAACCAUGGUGCUCUUCUUGCUUCCGCAAAUCUUCAAUUUCUUAUAUUCUUGUCCUCAGUUGUUUCCGUUCAUCGGCAUCCCCUGCCCGCGACACCGGAUGCCCGCGUUCAAUGGCUCAGACGGAACGGUGUGCAACAGCUUCGCGGAGUUCAAGCCGGCGGAGCUGAAGCCGCUCGGCAAGAUGGCCUACGUGAUCUUGAAGAGCUUGAGGUUGGUUUGUGUGCAACCUGUUGCAGAAGGGACAGUGCGUAUGAGCAAUCUGACACUCAUAAACCUGGUGCUGUACGUCUUUGGACCCUGCAGAGAAGAUGUGCUUUGCUGUCGACUUCUGGGCAUCCAAGUCGUGAGCUCCUUGCUGUGCUUCCUGCUGCGUUUCGGCCUCGCUUCCUAUCUGUUUGACGUCGUGUUGUGAGCGCUCCAAAGUGACUCACCGACAAUCGGUGAAUUGGCGACUCCUGGGACGUGCAGUAUUCAGGAGUAGUCUGGGAGAAUGUUGUUUCUCCUGGCAAUGUAUGUCAGAUGUUGCCUGAGCGCUGCC